AUGACCCCAUAUCCAUUUCAGCUAUUACAAGAACAUUAUAAAUUGGCAAGUCUAGCUAAAGAAAAGUUAAACCAAUGCAUAUCACACAGAACUACAAGUGGGAGAAAAAGUGAAUACAAUUUGAGAGAAGUCGUCGGCCACGCAAAUUUAUUAGAUAGGGUCCUAAUUAACAUCGAUAAGAUUAAAUACAACUAUCUACAAGAGCAGGAAAGGAAGUUCCGCAAAAGAGCAAAGGAUCACUAUUAUGAUUCAUUGUAUUAUGAUAAUUAUUUGCAUAAAUAUAAUAACAUGAAUAUUUUUAAUGAUCGGUUAGAUGUUAGCAAUUGUGGUUGUAUUACAGCUGCUAGUAGAGACGAUGAAUAUGAUUACGACAAUGUUGAUGACGGUGUUGACAACAACAUUCGAUUAGUAAAAGGGAAUAGUGAAGAUGUUGAUGAUGGGGAAGAAGAGGAUUUUAUUUUUGCAUUUUCUGACACUUUCCCUGUUUCUCCCAUAAAGGACCCAAGUCUUACAAUGCCAGAGAAUGGUUAUUAUAAGUCAUAUUGUAAUUAUUACAAUGAAAAAGUUGCAAAUAUUGGUAAUGAUCUGGAUCAUAACAAUAUUAAUUUGCAUCCAAUGUACUUAGAUUCUAUACAAUCUCCUUUGUUGUCACAACAUAUGAGCUUUCCUACAGUACACUAUCAUAAAUAUGUUUAA